AUUCUUUUGGGUCUUGGAUAUCUGUUUGUUUCCUGAGAAAAUCUAGGAAAAAAGAUUAGUAGGGCAAGUUCUUUUUGUUAAGCUCUGUUCAGUUUGAAGUUCACUUAUUUCAUUUCUCUUUUUAACUAGUUGAUGUUUAGAAGCCAAAAGGAUUUUUUUUUGAAAAAAAAAAAGAAAUUAUGGGUCGGGUGAUCUGUGUUUGGUUUUGUUAUCGUCCGGAUUAAUUGUUAUUCUGUUCACAAAUCGAAAUCAAUCCAUGCCUAAAGUCUUCCAAUUGUGGGUGAACAUUAUUCGGAAGAAUAACGAGAGGCUUCUAAUGUUCAAAGAAUGCAUGCAAGGAUCCAAUCUUGUAAUAGAUUGGUUAUUGCUUUGAUUUUACUUGAAGAGACUUUCAGUUUAUCAUUUGUUUGGUUUGGCUUUGUUGAGCGAUUUUACCAUUGUACAAAUGUAGUAUCCUGUUUGGGUUGCUUAUCGUUUUAGGAGAAUUUAAAAAUUAAUUGACCUUGAGGUGUUUGAUGGAGUUGUUAAGAAGGAAGAGAAAGGGCCUAGAAGUGUUGCCAUUAUGUAGCAAAUCCUUUGCUUCAUCUGCCAUUAUUUGGUCUCACUUGUCUUUAGGAGAUUAUUCAAGGCAGAAGAAGAAGUGCAAGGAAGAUGAAGGUAAGGAAGUUGGUUCCCCCAGGACUGUAGUUAAAGGAAUUGUUACUGCCCCCCAUUGUAGGAGUUCCUGUUUUAAUCCACCUUGUAGGGGUCUUAAGAGAAAAAUCGGUUGUAUUGAUGUAGCAACACAAUUGGGUAGGAAGAAAAAGAUUGAGCAACAGUAUGAUUUGGGUGCAACAAUUGGGAAAGGAAAGUUUGGAUCUGUAGUUUUGUGCACAAGAAAAGUGACCGGAGAAGACUUUGCAUGCAAAAUUUUGCGCAAGGGUGAGGAUCUUGUGCAUCGAGAAGUGGAAAUAAUGCAGCACCUUUCUGGUCAUCCAGGCAUUGUAACCUUGAAGGCAGUAUAUGAGGAUUCAGAAUCCUUUUAUCUUGUGAUGGAGCUUUGUUCUGGAGGGCGGUUGCUUGACCAGAUGGCUAGGGAAGGGCAAUAUUCAGAGCAUCAUGCCGCUAAUGUAUUAAGGGAGCUGAUUUCAGUUAUCAAAUAUUGCCAUGAUGUGGGUGUUGUACAUCGGGACAUAAAGCCUGAAAAUAUCCUCCUAACGACAUCUGGGCAAAUGAAGCUUGCAGAUUUUGGGCUAGCUAUGAGGAUUUCAAAUGGUCAGAGCCUUACAGGUCUGGUUGGAAGUCCUGCCUAUGUUGCCCCAGAAGUUCUACUUGGUGACUAUUCAGAAAAAGUUGAUAUUUGGAGUGCUGGGGUGCUUCUUCAUGCUUUGUUGAUCGGCAUUCUUCCAUUUCAAGGUGACUCUGUGGAUGCAGUAUUUGAAGCAAUUAAGAAGGUCAACCUAGAUUUUGAGAGUGGGUUGUGGGAGUCGGUAUCCAAACCUGCAAGGGAUCUCAUUGCUGGUAUGCUCAACAGAGAUAUUUCUUCAAGGCCAAGUGCUGAUGAAAUACUAAGGCAUCCAUGGAUCUUGUUUUAUACAGAACCAACUUUAAAGGUACUUACAGUAAAACCAAAGUUUGGAAACCAUGUAAGAUUGACUUUCGAGAAACUAACCAUUAAAGAUGAGUUAGAGUCGGAGAGAUUUGAUGCGACAACCAGCAGCAUUCUCAGUGAUGAAACUAGCCUAAUUUUAUCGUCUGGUGGUUCAAAGAGGUUGAGCGAGCAAGACUGUGGAUUGGUUGAUGUCCUUGCCGUGGCAAUCUCACGUGUGAGGAUAUCCGAACCGAAGAGAAGCAGGUUAUGUGGCCCUACCAGCCCUAUCCAACGAGAAUGUUCCUCUAACAUUAAGGUUAACAAUCUCUGUACAGCAUUCUGAUCCUGCUUAAAGAAGGCAGACUCAGCUGCCAGGUAUUACACCUAUUAUCUGGUCUAUAGCUGGAACUAAAGAUAACCUACUAUGGCAAAGAGAUUUGUGAAGACUAAGUUCAGUAACAGUAAAAUGAGCUUGUGGGUGAAAAUGAAGUGUUAACUCGUAUUAUACUUGUUUCAUCUAGAGUGAUAACCUUGUAAUAUUGAAGUAGUGUGUGUGUGUGUUUUGAUCUUAGCCUGACCUGGCAUAUGAUGAAACAUGGACUGUAAUAAAUCUUCUGUAAAUAGAAUUGGUGUUAAUUAACUUUUGACUUGACCUGUAGUUCAGUGUUAUUGUUUGUUUUCAACUGGACAAACAUGAAAGAUUUGUGCAAA